AUGGCGUACUACAACACAAACAGCCACAGCCCGCCCCCGCUCCAGCACCCCGUCCCCACUCACCCCGCAUACAUCCCAGAGCCCCCCUCGACGCCGAUGUCUCCCCAGGGCUACCAACGCUACACCUCCACGCCCCCCUCCCAGCCAUACGCUCAGCAGAUGCCCAGCCAGGCGCCCCAUCCGUCCCAUAUGGCCCCGCCGUAUGGCGCCGCACCCGUGUACCACCAGCCGCUGGGCGCGCCGUCGCAGGGGCAUCCGUCUGCUAUGGGCCCGAACGGUCCGGUCGACUUCUCCGCUUGGGGCCUGGACAAUGCUACCGCUGCCUUUGGCAUGCAGCUUGGGCAAAGUGCGGUUGCGGCGGGCUCGGACUAUGUGCAGAAGAAUCUUGGGGGGUUCAUCCCCAUCUCGAACCUCAAGCACCAUUUCAACGUCUCCAACUCCUUCGUGAUUCGGAAACUGCGUCUUCUGCUCUUUCCGUGGCGGCACCGGCCGUGGUCCCGCCAAGUCGUGCGCCUCGAGAACGGCCAGUCGGAGUGGGCCGCCCCGCGCGAGGACCUCAACUCGCCCGACCUGUACAUUCCCCUGAUGGCGAUCGUGACGUACAUCCUGCUCGCCGCGCUGCACUCGGGCCUCAACGCCCGCUUCCACCCCGAGAUUCUCGGCAUCACCGCGUCGAAAGCGUUAGCGGUCGUGCUGCUUGACUUCCUGUUCGUCAAGUCUGGGUGUUACCUCCUCAAUAUCCCCGGCGGGCUCUCGAGCCAAGUACUCGACGUCCUCGCAUACGACGGGUACAAGUUCGUCGGCGUGAUCGUGACGCUCAUCGCAGGGCUCCUCGGCGUCGGCCGCACGCUCUACCUCCUCAUCUUCCUCUACACCUUCCUCGCCACCGCCUUCUUCCUCUUGAGGUCGCUGCGCUCGAUGGUGCUGCCGGACGCGUCCGCGACGGCCGCGGCGGUGAACCCGUCGCAGCGCUCGCGGCGCAUCACGUUCCUCUUCCUCGUCGCGGUGAGCCAGAUCGUGUAUAUGGGCGUGCUUGUGCGCGUGUAGGGCGCGCUGUAUGUACUGUUUUCCGCGCGCUGGACUGGGCUGGACUGUGCGCAUGCCGUGUGUACCGAGUCUCAACGGUGGGCGUCCCGACGGGCGCAUACAUUGCGCCGUGGCAGGCGCUGUCGGACCGAGCUGGGACACAUCUCCUAAGUUCGUUCGGCACUCCGUAGCGGGGGAGCUUUGGAAUGCCCGAGGCAUGGG